ACCUACAUUUUGACGAUAACAGGGAGGAUUAGCGUGACAGUGCAGUCACCUAGCGGACCAAACCAGCCACUAUCUUCUUCUUUUUUAUUAUUAUUAUUAUUAUUAUUAUUAUUUUCUUUUCUUUUUCUCUCUUUGGCAUCAUUUGACCAGGGUACCGUAUGACCCUCUUUAUCAACGCUUCUUUGCAACUUUAACUCCUUUCAUUUCCCUAUGUUCGUUUUCUCUUUCUUUUGCAAAUAUGGCCGUGGAGCUCGUGAUGGGGUACAGGAAUGACAAUUUUGUUGCUAAAGCAGAAGAGAAUGCUGUUCAAGAAGCUGCGUCUGGGUUAGAGAGCGUGGAGAAGCUCAUCAGGUUGCUAUCACAGACUCAGCAACAACAACAACAACAACAAUACCAAUCCUCUUCAACUUCAAAGUCUUCCAUGGAAAUUGAGAUGGACUGCAGAGCUGUCGCUGACGUGGCUGUUUCCAAGUUCAAGAAGGUGAUUUCACUUCUGGGUCGAACCAGAACCGGUCAUGCUCGCUUCAGAAGAGCCCCUUUGGUUAACCAAAACCCUGAAAUACAACCACGUCCUGAACCAAGAGUCUAUCAUGCGACGCCGUUGCAGCAGAUCCCACCACCAACCCUUCAUCCGCACCAAGCUCACAGUUUGAUCCACAAAAAUGGGGCCAUUAUUGAGUCCAAGACAAUUAAUUUCUCCUAUUCCUCUGCUGCCAAUUCAUUCAUCUCGUCACUCACCGGCGACACCGACGCUAAACAACCAUGCUCGUCGUCGCCGGCGACACCUUUUCAGAUCACGAAUAUCUCUCAGGUUUCCUCGGCGGGAAAGCCUCCACUUUCCUCGUCUUCGUUGAAGAGAAAGUGUAGCUCUGAGAAUUUGGGUUCUGGCAAGUGCGGCAGUUCCUCUAGCCGCUGUCAUUGUUCAAAGAAGAGAAAAAUGAGGUUGAAGAGGGUGGUGAGGGUACCAGCAAUAAGCUUGAAGAUUGCUGAUAUUCCACCUGAUGAUUAUUCUUGGAGGAAGUACGGACAGAAACCCAUUAAAGGAUCCCCUCAUCCUAGGGGUUACUACAAGUGCAGCAGUGUCAGAGGGUGUCCAGCGCGCAAACACGUUGAGCGGGCUCUAGAUGACCCAGCUAUGCUGGUAGUUACCUAUGAAAGCGAGCACAAUCACUCCCUCUCUGCUUCCGAAGCUACUAAUCUCAUCCUAGAAUCCUCUUAACUUACCUUCGUUUCCCAUCACAAGUAUAUUCUCAGAGCUUGUACAAUUGCAGCUUUAAUCUCGAAGGAGAUUGGUGGGUGUUCCAUGUUCUUAUUCCUUUAUCUUUCUCGUUCUUUUCAAAGACUCGGACAUUGGGAAUCCAUCACGAUUAUAAUUUAUUAUAAAAAAAAAAAAGGUGAAGAUGGUGGAUUUGUUAACGGAUUUAAAUCCCAAAAAAAGAAAGAAAGAAGUGGGGUUUGAUUCCUUUUUUUUUUUCCUAUUUGAUUGCUUUACCUGUGGUGCUUAUCUUAGAUGCCCAUCAUCUCUCAACUUUA